AUGCCCCUUAAUGAUAUAACGCCAUCCAGCAAUAUACCGAAGCUGUCUAAUGGUAAGAAGCGUUUUAUGGACGCACAAGACGAUGAUAAUACAUUUUUACCACCAGCUUUAAGUUCAUAUAGCAUAGCAUUAUUAAAUGAAAGAACGAAACAGCUGCCCUCGCAUAUAACCGGGAUAUAUGAAUUUGACUUUCCCAAUAGUAGAUCGAAGAAUAACUUGAAAAACAAAUUAUCAGUUCAUUUUAGAGAAUCAGAUCCAGUUCAUACUAUAGAAAAACCAGACACGCCACAUUCAAGUCACAACAAUAGUUCAGCACCUAUGGAGCCUACUAGCAACUCGAACAAUAAUAAAAGCUAUAAUACCAGCCAUAAUGCCAGUCAUAAUGCCAUAACAAGCACUAAUCCACAUAUACAGAAUCAAAAUAAUAUUUCAGCUCACAACUCAUUCAAUUUGUCUACAAAUAAUUUCAGUUCACAUACUCAUAAUACAACUUCAGAGUAUAAUGACGAUUUAAUGGAUAUAUCGCCACAUGAAUCCACGUCAAGAAAUUCAUCCAAUCACACGCCAUCCACUACAUUUAAUGAAAACCCUCCUCCAAGUUCAUCCUCCCAAACAAAAUCGAGUAUUUCACAAGUUCAUACUUUAAAGAGAAUGAGAGGAACAAGACGAUUCGGAAGGAUGUUAGGUCCACCCAAAAGGGCCAUGAAAUUGAAUGAAGAUAAAAGUACACAAGCUGAAUAUGACGGUAUAUCUAGUAAUGAAAAUAAUGACUUCCAGAUCCCACACAAUAGGGCGGUUUCUAUUAACAAUGAUGACAAUAAUGAUAAUAAUAAUGAUGAUAAUAUCAACACUAAUAAUAAUAAUAAUGCAUUAUCAACUCCUCCGCCCUUAUUCACGAUGGACUUUUCACCAAAAAUAAAUCGCAUAGAUAACUUGAAAGAGAAAAAUCCAGAAUCGGUGUUUUUCAAAACAUUGAAAAAGAUGAAAUCUGAGUCGCCAGAAGAUGAUAUCAUUUCAAAGCAAAAAGAAUCUGAAUUGCGAAGACGAAUUGAUGAACAGAAAAGGAUAAACGAAAUAGAGAGUCAGUUAUCCAAAUCCAAAAGUAUUCAAGAUAUUGAGAUGGAGAUAAGUGAAUUAAACAAUUCAAGGAAUGAAGCAAAUGACAGACUGGAUAAAAAAGGGUUUGUUUCUUCAUAUUUGGCAGACACAAACGAGGAAGGAAAUAAGGAAAAUUUAAUUCUCUCAACCUCAAAGGAUUCAAAUAUAUCCGUAAAGAACGAACAGCCAAGAUUACCAUUAAAUAAUGUGUCACCUAACCGUCUUAACAGAGUUGCAGCUGAUGAAACAGAUUUUAGAAAACCUAAAUUGCCUAAACCUAUUUCACAACAUGCAACCUCAAAUGUGACCCCUCCAAGUAGUUCCGAUGAUUACAAAAGGAAGAAAUGUAUUAGCAUUAAUGGAAAUCAGUAUGAAAAAUUGGAGCUAUUGGGUAGAGGUGGGUCGUCGAAAGUUUAUAAAGUCAAGUCUUUGUCUAACAAUAAAUUGUUUGCCAUUAAAAAGGUUACAUUUGAUCAAUUUGAUGAAUUAUGUGUACAGGGAUUUAAAGGAGAGAUUGAUUUAUUGUUGAAAUUAAAGGAUGCUGAUAGAGUAGUUAAAUUAGUUGAUCAUGCUAUUGGUGAAGGCUCUAUUUAUCUAGUGAUGGAAUGUGGUGAUAUUGACUUGGCACAUGUCUUUCAGAAUAAGCUUAGCAUGAAUAAUGUCUUGGAUAUUAAUUUUGUCAAGUAUCAUUCAAUCGAAAUUUUAAAAUGUGUUCAAGCGGUGCAUAGAGCAGGAAUAGUUCAUAGCGACCUUAAGCCUGCGAAUUUCUUAUUUAUUCGAGGUAUUUUGAAAAUUAUUGAUUUUGGAAUAGCUAAUGCUGUGCCGGAUCAUACAGCAAAUAUUUACCGUGAAUCUCAAAUAGGUACACCAAAUUAUAUGGCACCCGAGGCAUUGGUUGAAGUUAGUCAGGCUUUUCCAGGGUUACCAACGCCAGACAACAACAAUAAUCAACAACAGUUAAAUGGACUGCAAAGAAACACCUGGAAAGUUGGAAAGCCAUCUGAUGUUUGGUCAUGCGGUUGUAUUAUAUAUCAGAUGAUUUAUGGAAGGCCUCCAUAUGGUGGAUACUCUGGAAAUCAAAGAGUAAUGGCAAUCAUGAAUCCGCAGGUAAAGAUACAGUAUCCAGGUAAAGGCAUAGGUAAUAUAAAGGUGCCUCAAAGUGCUAUCGCAUUGAUGCAAAAGUGCUUAACUAGGAAUCCUAAUGAAAGAUGGACUGUUGAAGAAUGUUUAAAUAGUGAUUUUUUGAAUCCUAAGAUUGUCAGUGAAACUUUUGUCAGAGAUUUAGUUCAUCUGGCUGUUAAUUUUGGCCAUAAUAAUCGUGUUAAUGGCAACGGGUUGAUUACAGCAGACGUUUAUGACCGCUUAGUGGAUACCGUAUUGAAGCAAAUAGAAGAUUUGAAUUUUGGUUAA